UUCUACCUUUGUGCUAAUCCGUUCAAGAUGAGAUUCGCACUAGCACUUGUCGCCGUCCUGUGCUUCGUGGCUUCGGCCCAAGCAGGUACAGCAUCUGAUGCCGUCUACAACUUCACCCUGGCUGCCUUCAAAACAGUAAAUGCUACUGCGAACGCCUACAACUCCACUGUGUACGGUACCGACGCUGGCAUCAAGACUGCCUUCAACAACUGGGGAAAUACGCUCAAGGCCAACAUUACAGCGAUCUACAACCGGUUCAAGGUCUACAAUAACUGGACCAGCGCUGACAAUGUGAACAUGAGUUUGACCAGUUUGCUCAGCAAUUUGGCUUCCGGAACAAAUCAACUUUUGAGCAACGAUUACUCGCUCACCCAGAGCGUGAUGCAGCAGGUUUUGACGACCGCUCAAGCUACCGUUGAUGCUAUCAACACCGCUGCAUUGAACAUGACAUCUCAGGCCGAUUGUACCAAGGCUGCAGCCAUCCCAUGUCUGAACAAAUGGACCGCCAAUUUGACUGCUGCACCAGUAAAUGUGUCCCGAUACAUCGACUGCAUUACGCCACUCACAACGCGAGUUAGCCGAACUGCCUUGAAUAUCAGUCAACAAUUCGCUAGUGCUGCCACCAUCGGUCAAACCUACAUGAAUCUUGUCAACUUGUGCACCAUCCCCACUACUGCCCAACUCGCCGCGCCCACCACUCCAAUGGGAUACCAAACAGCUCCCUCUAUCCAGUGUUUGAGCUACUACCUGAGCACCUUCUCCAGCUUCCCAAUCUCCUGGCCUCCAUACUUCAUCGAUUCCAUGCGUUAUCCGCUCGGUUCCUUCGCCUCUCAGUACGUGAUGCGUUGCACCAGGCUGAUCCAGCUGGACAUCCAGAGAGCUAUCGACGACAUCCAGGCUAAGUACCAGGUUUGUUUGGUGUCAUAAAUCCUAUCACAGUAUGUAAGUGUUUAAUCGACUUUCCGUGUGCUGCUCUACCAAGGCAAUGAUCCUAGUGCCGUGCUUGAAUAAAAACUAUAUAAUAACACCAAUUGAAAA